CCGAGCACAGACCGAUCUCCAAGGUCUAGUAUAACUUUCUUCUGCCUGUGUUUGUACGUGGAUAUACAUGUGUAUCACGAACUAUCGGACCAAGAACCAAGAACCAGGGAUCAAGAAUCAAGGAUCAAGAAAGACCAGACCGUGGACAUGAUCGUGCUCCUCCCUCCCUCCCUGCAAGCACAUCCCAGCUCACUCCCACCCAGAUCGCCAUCGCCAUCCCCACCCAAUUCACCAACCACCAACCCAUAGACUAAAACUCACCAACCUCACCCCUACCCAACCCUCUCCAAAAUCGUCAUCAACCCCGCCGUCCUAAUCGCCCGCUUCAUCCCCACCGGUCUCUGCGGAUCCGGGACCGAAGCGAGCGCGGGAAAGGCGGAGUACUCGAUCUCGACGCGAUAGGUCGAGUGGGGCGGUUUGGGACCUUUUAGGGUGCAGGUCCAGCGUUCAUCAACCAACACAACGUACUCUCCUCCCCCUCCUCCUCCUCCCCCAUCUCUCGCUCCGCCUCCGCCUCCCUCCCCUAUCCUUCCUAACCCACCGUCCAUCUCUGGCACCUCCAACAAGCCCCUCGCCCUCGACGGCCCGCCUCCUCUCAUCGGAAUCGCACCAGAACCAAUCCUCGCCACACCCCUCCCCAAACUCCUCCCUAUCCUCUCUUCCUCUUUUCCCCUCCCACCUUUUCCCAUCCCACCGCCACCGCCACCUCCUCCAAAUGCAUCCAUACUCCCACUUGCACCAAUAGCGUCCACACCAAGGUCGAGCAACAUCCCCCUCCUAACCGCACGUACCAGAGUCCCGACGUCGACUGCGUCCCGGACGAGGAAGGUUGAGUGCGUGGUGAGCGGGGUAGGGGAUUUUUUGAGGAUCGUGUUUGGGGCUCUCAAAACCCCAUGUGUAACUCUCUUCACCUCUCCCACUCCCGCUCCCACUCCCACUCCCUGCGCUUGUCCCUCCGUACCCUCACCACCACCAACCCCAUCCGACGCCACACCCCCCGCCACCGCAUCCCCACUUCCCUCACCCGCUUCACCUCCCUGACCACACUCACGAGGACCAACAGAAACAGGCCCAACCGCAGAACUAGUAACAACCCGCACCGGCACCCCCACCGGCGACCGAUUCCCACCCGCACCCGCACCUCUCAACUUCGUAAAUAUGAGUGGGAUGUACGUCAUUGGGUUCGGGAGGGUGAGGGCGCGUCGGGGCGUUCUCGCGGUUGUCGAAGGGGUAGGAGUGGAGGAAGUGGGUGUGGGAAUGGGCGUGGAGGAACCGCUGGUGGUUUGAGAGGGAUUGGACGGGUGGGAGGGAUUGGAGGUUAACGGAGUGCGAGAAGGAGAAUGCGAAGGAGAAUGCGAGGGCGAGGACGGAGGAGGGUAUGUCAUUGCUCGUGUGUUUGCGUUCGCCCUUCUACCGAGACUCCCUUCUGUUUCUUUCCCUUUUCCCCUCUCUGCUGAGUCUGCGCCACCCCCGCCGCCACCCCCAUUGUUAAUCCCACCGCUCAUACUCCGCUCAUAAACGACCGGCAGAGGCGAGACUCUUCCCGUUCCUCCACUUGAGCCUGUUCCCGUACCUGCACCUCUUGAAGGCGACCGUCCGUGUACUUGUCCUUGUCCGUGCCCUUGUCUGUUGGAUGGCUCGGCUUGACUGGAUCCUGAACCCGACGCGCCACCACCACCACCCGACCCAGAUCCCGACGCAGAGGAAGCACUAAUCGCAGAAGCAGAAGAAGACGACCCCGAAACAGGAUGAGGACCCGUACCCGCUGAGGAGGCGCUGGACGAGGCGGAGGAGGGCCGGUUCGAAUGUGAAUGUGAGUGUGAUUGGGAGUCGGGGUGUAAGGCGGAAUUGGGACUUAGAUGUGAGGACGAGGAGGAGGAGGAUGGGCGUUGUGAAGAUGAGGCGGCGGCGUUCGGGCUUAAAUGGUAGUUGGAAUGCGAGUGGGAAUGGGAGGAGGUGUGAGAGGGUGUGGGUGAAGGGGAUGGAGAGGGAUGAGCACGACUGGAGGAGGAGGA